AUGUCUCACUUACAAUUCUUCGCGUACGAGGGACAGGGAGCGGUGCGAGUCGGCGACCGCAUUGAAUGCUCGGGACAAGGUGGUUGGGAUCCAAUCACUGGAGAAUUCGAAAAGGAGAUCAACGCCCAAAUCGAUCUAGCAUUCGAGAAUGUUGAGCGAUGCCUCAAGGAUGCUGGUGGGAAGGGAUGGUCGCAGGUUUACCGUGUCAACUCAUACCACGUUCCAAUCAACAACGAAGCUCUGACUGCGAUGGUCCGUAACUUUCGGAAGUGGAUGCCGGAGCAUCAGCCUCUGUGGACCUGCGUUGGUAUCCCACGAUUGGGAGAAGACGAUAUGCGCGUGGAAAUUGAGGUUGUAGCGCAUGUCGGUUGA